UGGCAUCUCCGGCUCGUCUUUAUCCCCCUCCCGGUUGAUUAGCCCGAUUCAGGGCCGGCCUCGCCGUCCUCCUCACCACACCAACAAACUCACAUAAUCUUUGGUUUAUCUGUGCAGGUUUCUGUUGUCCAGUCAUGCAUCAUGGUAUAUCUUUUGUUUUUUGUUCAAUAAUUCUUAAUGCCUGCUUGUGCACAUACAUUAUGCAUUUUUUUUUUUUUUUGUGAUAUAUUAAGUUACACAAAACAGUUGUUGAAAAAAAAUUUUUUUUGACAUUUUUGACUGUGCCCACAAACAGGAAUGUUAGUAGAGUAUAUUCUAUAACACAGCUGAUGUUUUUCCUGUAAAUCAUCCACAUCACAGCAGUAUCAAGUAUGUGUUGCUCAACAGGAGGUAUGAUGCGUUUCUAUUUCCUAUAAAGUGAAACUCACACAGGACACAUCUGUUCUUUUAAACACAUUCUCUGAUGAAAAGAAUCAAAUCAAUCCAGAUAGGUUGACGUUCUGGAAUAUGGUAGCAUUGGAGGAUAAUGGGUUCCUGGUAGCUUCACGAACGGUAGGCAAUUCAUUUUUUGUUAGAUCAAUAACAUUCAAUAAUAAACAUGUUAUUCACAAUGAGCAGCAUUGUUUUCUGACUUUAAGAAUAGAACCCGAUGAAAUUACAAACUCAAUUUAACUUAAAAGUGAAAAUGAUCUCCUUAAAAGAAUACUAAUGAACCUGUCAAACUGGAAAUUAUGAUUGCUUUGUUGUUAGGAAACAUUUUAGUCAUUUGAAAGGAAAAGAAUACAUUCGAUUCAUUUUUCUUUAGUGCAGAUAUCAAAGUUGAUGUGUUGAUUGGUGUGUUCUAUAGAGAGUAUUCUGAUAGGCUGUCAUUUCAUGCACCGUUCUCCAUUGGGCACAUGAACACUUAUAAAACUGACAGAGAGACAGGCAGAUAGAGAGACAGGUUAAGAGAGACAUUGAGACAUACAUCAAAUUUAAACAGAAUUAUUGAACAACAGGAGCAGAAACAUCAGAAAGAAGAAAACAAGAACGGCAGAGCAAGAACCUUCUUCCUUCUUCUUUACAAACUAUAAAGUGAAACAGGACUGAAGAAACAACUACUAAAUAACUAUUUAACAAGACCUUCAACUUGCUAAAGGUGAGAAAAUAAGAAGUCUUAUUCUCAGAAAGAAAAAAGUUGAAAAGGGAAAUUCUUUAAAACUAUUUCAGCUCAAGAAGCAAAAGAACAGAACACUGCUGGUGAUCACAUCGUCUGUUUGGCAAGUAGACUUUUUUUUCUGUUCUUCGAGAAGAAUCGUGAACUGUGACACUAUGGCAGCAGCAGAUGCACAGAAUGGUGUUCGCACCUUUGAGUUUCAACAAGACAUGACUUACAGACAGAGAGACACAAUGCGGAGAGAAAACCCUGAUAUCCUGUGUAGACAUCCUUACACACAGGGCCAACCCCCUCUAUUUACCUUCUUCACUGAACACACAGCAGCAUGGAGAACAGCCUUCAACAAACAUUUUGGAGAAGAUGUUACAAACAUUGACAAUGGCAUGAAACUGCGCAUAUAUGAGGACGACCCACAAACACGUCUAACAGUUUCCUUUUAUAAUACUGGAACUGUAGAAGUGCUGGGCAGUGAUGAAGCACUUAGAAACUUUGAACAAACAUUCAACAUCUUAAGAGAAAUCACAGAGGCUGCAAGAGAUACACCGGCUAAUGUUCGCACCUUUGAGUAUCAACAAGACAUGAAUGACAGACAGAGGAAAAUGCAUAGAGACAAAAUCCGGAGAGAAAACCCUGAUAUUCUGUGUAGACAUCCUUACACGCAGGGCCAAACCCCUCUAUUUACCUUCUUCACUGAACACAUAGUGGCAUGGAGAAGAGCCAUCAACGAACAUUUUGAAGAUGAUGUUACAUACAUUGAUGACAAUGGCAUGAAACUGCGUAUAUAUGAGGACGACCCACAAAGACAUCUAACAGUUACCAUUCAUCAUACUGGAACUGUAAAGGUGAAUUGCAGUCGUGCAGCAGUUAGAAACUUCCAACAAACAUUCAACAUCUUAAGAGAAAUCACAGAGGCUGUAAGAGAUGCACCGGCUAAUGUUCGCACCUUUGAGUAUCAACAAGACAUGAAUGACAGACAGAGGAAAAUGCAUAGAGACACAAUCCUGAGAGAAAACCCUGAUAUUCUGUAUAGACAUCCUUACACGCAGGGCCAAACCAGUCAAUUUACCUUCUACACUGAACACAUAGUGGUAUGGACAGCAGCCUUCACCGAAUAUUUUGGAGAUGAUGUUACAGACAUUGAUGGCAAUGGCAUGACACUGUGCAUAUUUGAGGAAGACCCACAAAGACAUCUAACAGUUACCUUUGAUAAUACUGGAAUUAUUGAUAAUACUGGAACUGUAGAGGUGCAGGGCAAACUUAAAGCACUUGAAAACUUUGAAGAAACCUUUAACAUCUUAAGAGAAAUGGUGGAGAUAAACUGAGCAGAAGCUGAUGAAGAAAACCAUUACGAAUCUGAGGACACCAGCAGAAACCGGAGACUACACCGGACAACACCAGACACCAGCAGCGGACUGUUACCAAAGCUGAACUCUUAUGAAAUGGUUUUAAACUUCUUUUUAUUAAUAAUGUUUUCCCAUUCAUGUUACAUUCAGAUUAUAAUCGAAGGUAAAACUAUUUUACUUGUGUAUCUAUCUAUCAAUAAUAUCUUAAAAAAGGGUUCUUUUUCCAUUCUGAUUGAAUGACUCAUUUGGUGUUUAAACUGCUGGGUAUUAGAGUUUAAUCAAAUCAAUUAUUAUUAUUUAUUUGAAUGUAUGGUUUGGACCUUUGUUUUCAUUUUCAAAUUAUGACUUUAGUCACAAUGAAUAUAUUUCAGGAUGGAUCACUUUUGUUGUAGUAUUCUUCAUUUGUAUUUCACUUUGGAUAAAAGAGUCUGAUAAUGAAGAAAUAUGAAUGUAUUAAUAUCUUUCAGAACCAGAAUCAAAAUGAUCUAGAACAAUUUGCAUUUCUUGGCUGCAUGUUUUUUUCUGAUUUAGUGCAACUGACUGGGCUGUGUGGUAAUGGUGGA